AUGACGUUAUGUGGUAACUUCUUGGUUAUCGGUUACUCGAGCGGCGAAAUUUUCAAGUUCAAUAUUCAAUCUGGCCUCGAAUAUGGCAACUUUGGUGACCCUAAAGCUCACUCAGGCAGCGUUUGCAGCGUCUCUGUCAAUAAUGUAUGCCGGCUUCUUUACAGCGUUGGAACGAAUUGUUUGGAAAAAAGCGGCGUCACUGAAAGUUCUUCACACAAAUCUAACCCGGACUUUGCAACCAAGUCUACGCUUAUUGCUGGCCACUUUCGUGUCUGGGAUUUCGACGAUGAUGCACACCGUCUUUUGGCCUCAAUUGAGCUAACCAAGAUACCACUCUUCUCUAGGUUCCACGAGGACAAGUAA